CUGAUGUUCAUUGACCCAGUUAGAGCCGUGCAGCAACGUAGCGAACGAGAAAUACUAUAUUAUGUUGAACAGAGAAAUUACAAAUAAUUCGAGAACAUUCUGAUUUAAGUCAGGUAAAUAAUGACGUGUGUCCUGUUAUGCUGUAUCUGUACAGAUUCUUAUCGGGUUAUACUUACUGUUGCAAAACAAUUUCCUUUCUCAGAUGUGGAGAGCCCUUGAACCAGGCCUACAUUCUUUUUUUGUUUACCGUUUUCUUUUACAACUGUUCAUAACACCGUGUAACAAUUUUUUUUUUUUUUUGUUCCUGGGUAGUAAGUGUUAUUUCCUAAUUGCUUAUGCCUCAAAAGUAUAGAUAUUUUGAAAUUUACCUAUUCUCCAGAACAUGCCAGAUAGAUUCAGUGCUGAGUAAACUUGGAGUAACUUCUAGAACUUUCCAGUAAUAUAAAUAGUAGGAUAAAUACAGGGGCCUUAAGCCCACCAGUUCAGUUUAGUUCCAGCUGCCUAAGUGGAUACAUAUCUGCAUUUUUCUGAGAUGGCAUCAAGAGGCUGCAAGCAUCCGGCAGACGCAUUUUGCUAUGUCUGCGGCCAAUUUAUCAAGACAAGAGCGAAAAAGUACUCCGUGGAAGCAUCUGCUAAGAUGUGUGAGGCAUACAAGGCAUAUUUCGGCAUGCCUGUCGGGGAUCAAGACAAACCCUGGGCACCUCAUUUCACCUGCGAGCACUGCAAAAAAACUCUGGAAGGAUGGUACAGAGGUGAAAAGAGAGCCAUGAAGUUCGCUAUCCCAAGAAUUUGGCGGGAACCCACUGACCACUCAAGCAACAGCUACUUCUGCAUGGUGGACCCUUCCAAACGUUGGACUGGCAAAAAUGCACCUGCUAUCACGUAUCCGGACCUUCCUUCAUCCAUCGCCCCGGUGCCACACUGCCAUGAGCUCCCCGUACCCACUCCUCCGGAGAGAGAGCAGCCGUCUUUAGAAGAGAGCAGCAAGUCAGAGAGCGAGGAAGACGUUGAUGUCUAGGCUCAAGCAGUGGAACUUGUUGGAUGAAAGUGUGCAAGUCGCAGAUCAGAGGAAGCGUCACCAACCUUUUUCCAGCUUCUUCACCCGUCAAGAUGGGCUCUGUUUCUGCCACAAUGUGACCAGUCUGUUCGAGGCAAUCGGAAUCGCCUGUAACCAGAAUGAGUGGCGCCUCUUCAUUGACAGCUCAUCCAGGAGCCUCAAAGCCGUGCUGCUCCAUAAUGGUAACAAGUACCCGUCUCUUCCCCUGGCUCACUCGGUGCACCUCAAAGAGGAUUACAACAGCAUCAAGACCUUGCUGGACGCCUUGAAGUAUGAUGAGUACGGCUGGGAGGUCAUAGGAGACUACAAAAUGGUGGCAUUCCUGAUGGGUCUCCAAGGCGGUUUUACCAAGUUUCCCUGCUAUCUUUGCCUUUGGGACAGCAGGGACACCAAGGCGCACUACCACAGGCGGGACUGGCCACAGCGGACCGAGUUCUCUGUGGGGAGGAACAACGUCAAGUGGGAGCCACUGGUGGACCCCCGGAAGGUGCUGAUGCCACCACUGCACAUCAAAUUGGGCCUUAUGAAACAAUUUGUCAGAAUUAUCUUGCAGCAACUCUGGAGGAUGUUCAAGCUGUAA